AUGAACAACUUGCCUCGAGAGCUGCUUAUUGAAAUCUUCAAGCGUAUUGAAAUUCCUAUUUCAAUGAUUCUUGUUAAUAAAGAAUUUUGUCAACUUUUCACUAGUCCCGUAGCAAAAUCUUUAUGGGCUUUGAAUAACUUUGGAAGGAUUCAUGUAUUAUUCUUUUCCAUUUUACUAGGGAAAACUUUCAUUACAGUUGAUGUUGUAAAAUCAUUAUUAGCACUUUUUCCAUUAAAUACUCCUGUUGAUUGGCAUGAUCCAAAUAAAAAAAUAGUUGUAAACCAAUUGAAUAGUCUCAUUGGUAUUGGAUUCAAAUUAACAAGAGCUGCAAUGGUCAACAGUUUAUGUUUUUGCAAAAGUCGUCUUGAUAUAAUUGGUGAUUCUGUUUUGAUAGAAUCUUUUUGUGAAGUUAGAAAAGAGCCAAAGUAUGUCAUAAUUCAAAAAUGCUUGAUUGAAAUCACUCAAGUUGACAGAGAAGUGAAAAAUGAUUAUAAGGUUUUGGACUUUUUGAGUCAUGGUAGAAAUGGAUCUGAAUUAGAAUUUAUAUUUUUGAAAACAAUCAUUUAUCAUUUUUUUGAUACAGAAACUAAAAAAGGAUUUGACAAUUUGGAGAUUUCAAUUAUUCAAUCUAAACCGAAUUUUAGAGAAAAUUAUGUCAGUAUAAGUGGACAAGUAAAGCUACCUAAAAAAAUAGAAGAUUCACAACCAUCAUUCUUAUCAUCUUCGUCAUCUAGCAACAAUAUAAAAAAUACAAUUUAUCAAAACCCCGUUGGCAACAAUUAUUUCAUUCAUCAAGACACUGGAGAUUAUUUCGUUCCAAAAGACAAUAAUGAUAGUAAUCUUUCAUUUGUUCGUGGCUUUAAUUCAUUUAUAAAGGAAGAAGAUAAUGAUGAUUAUUUUACCAUCAUUAUUAGAGAUGACGCAUAUGAAAAGAUUCUGUCAAUCUAUGCCUCAUAUUGCAAACACCAUAUACCAUUUGAAAUUUCUCAUUUGAAACUGUUAAGAAAAUCAAAGGAGGUCACUACAUUGAAACCUUUUUUUGAAAUAUUUUUGCCAAAGAUUUUCAACAUCAAGCCAACAUACCAAUAUGAAUCCGAUGAUGAAAUAAGAAAAGAUGUUAAUAGUGAUAAUAAUAAUCAGUUGAACAAUAUGGUUUCUGAGAAAUGGCUUCGUGAAUUAAAGAAAGAAUAUAAUCAUACACCCGAAGCUACCAAUUUAUUCAAAGAUAAUGUCAUUAUGAUAUGUAAUCGUAUUAAUAAAGAAAAAGAUUAA